CGCAAAUUGCCAUCAUCACGGGUACCACGUCGAAGCAGCGGGCUGCCAUUAUUGGAGGUCCCACGGUUCGUAUCCAAGCAUGUUUUUUUUUUGGAGGGUGGGUCGGGUCCAGCAGGCUGCGCGCCAGAGAGGACUAAAGCGAUGCAGUUGGGAGCAAGACAUUUUUCUUGUAUCUUUUUUUUUUCGUGCCACCCUGCUUCUUUCUGUUCGCCCGGUGCCGCUUCCGGUCCGGAAGUCUACUCUCCAGAACCUCGGUCUCGGCUUGUGCGAAGGGGGAUGCAGAAAAUUUGAUAUGUGAUGACGCUUGCUGCUGCGUCUUUGCCGCAUGCCGCGGAGGCCAGACAGAGCACGGGCAGGAGAAGAAAAGAGAGAGCACAGGGCACAUCCGAUAGCGCCAACCAGGAGCCGUUAAAUUGCAUACCCGGCCCAGCACGGCGCCUCGCGGUCAACCAAACGGGUGAGGAGCCAGCGCUGGGUUUCGGAACGAGGAAAAAAGCCCACUCGCUCGCCGUGCAGCUGUCACACUUGGAGGGUGGUAAUGCAGUGUGUUUUCACCCUAACCCUUCCCUGGUGACGAUCUGUGCGUUCCAAUGUCACUGGUGGGAGGGGUAUCCCGGCUUUUACUGGAAGGUCGACGAGGCCGGUGAACAUGAACAUGACUUUGAAUGCUUCGUGUAACCAUGUUCGUCCAUGGGGGGGGGCUUGCCUUGGUUCCACAACAGUGUUUAUUUUUUAUUUUUUAUGUCUUGGUCUCCAAUCUAUCGUCCCACUUGUUGCUGCUCGACCU